UUGAAGGCCGCUGAGACGUUUAAUGUGCCUGAAACUACCCUUCGCCGUCGACUCAAUGGAAGCAAAUCACGCGCAGAAACACGCGCCAACGGUCAUAAAUUAAAUCAAUUUGAAGAAGAGGUGCUUGAGAAGAAACUACUAGAGGCUGACAAACGAGGAUUUUCAAUUCGGCCUGAGUUUCUGCGUGGAAUGGCGCAGAUUCUUCUUCGCGACCGCACACAAGAUCCUACUGCAACCCUUGGCGUUAACUGGACGUAUAAGUUUAUUAAACGCCAUCCAGCACUACGUACACGAUAUAACCGGCGGAUUACAUACCAGCGUGCAAAGCAGGAGGACCCAAAUAUCAUUAAACAGUGGUUUGCGACCAGAAGUCUUCGAAAGAAAAGAACGCUUUCUAGCAGUCCAAUCUCGCAUAUUCAACACCUCGAAAAAGCAGCGCAGAUGGCAAUGAAUACAAACCUACUUCUUCGACAAGAAAUUAAGAUUCUACGAGAGGAGAACGAGCGGAAAAUAAAAAAAAGGGCAAGGAGGCGUGCUAAUCUUGGUAAUGAUCUUGUUUUAUUUGUGCAAGAAGGUCAAAAUCGAGUUCAGCAGCUUGAUACACAGCUUAAUGAGCAGGUUGAUGAGCCUAGACCAAGGCCUCGCCAGCGAGCUCCACAACACUGCAGUGUCUGUAGGACUGUUGGGCAUACUAUACGAGGUUGUCCUAAUAAAUAG